AUGGCUCCGAUCUUGGCCAACGAGAAUCUCGGCAGUCUCUCCUUCGGCCAGCUCACCGGUCCGAACAGCGAGGAUGCCACGCAGCAAAGCUUCAACUCGAUUUGCGUGGCCUACCGUGAGGUGGACAAAUGCCUGGAGCGGUGCGAGCAGUCGUCGGACAACAGCGCUCGAGUCAGGCAGACGUACGCGGGCAUCCGCUUCAUCUGCGUCGAACAUAGCAAGGAAUUCUUCGAAAGCCUGCCAUGCCUGGCGCGCGAGGAGCCGAGAGCCAUGGCCACGUGCAAAAAUGAGAUCAACGCUUCGCUGGAGGCGAGCAAUCGAUUUAGCAAAGCCGUCAUCAACCGCGAGCAGCACUCGAUACGCCAACGAUUUGAGAAUCUUUGCAAACAGCUCGGGUCGAUGAUCGACUGCGUCGAGCCGGUCACUCGGAAGGGCUGCGGCGACGACGCCGCCUGGAUGAUGCUCAGGUUUAUCACCGUUGGGUUUAGCAGCUUUGAGCAACUCUACAGCCAGCUCGGCAUCUCCGACCAGCUGCCCACCUCCUGUAGAUCGUUGCUGAACUUGCGACAUCAACCCAUGGAGCGCCACUCGAACCCGAGAUCGCUGGCUCGCGGCGCGGCCAUAUCGUCGAACUACCCGAUUCUCACCCUUCUGAUGAUCAUAUUUUUGCGU